CAGGAGACAAUGAAUUCCACAGAGCUCUACUCCUCGACUGAUGAUUACUCUGACCCGACUUUCUAUUCUGUGCCUAUGGACGACUUGCAAUGCUCUUUGAAAGAAGUCAGAGAGUUCACCAGGGUAUUUAUGCCAAUCGCCUACUCCUUAAUAUGUGUCUUUGGCCUCCUGGGCAAUAUUAUGGUGGUGAUGACCUUUGCCUUCUACAAGAAGGCCAGGUCCAUGACUGAUGUCUACCUGCUGAACAUGGCCAUUACAGACAUCCUUUUUGUCCUCACUCUGCCAUUCUGGGCAGUCACUCAUGCCACUGGCACUUGGGUUUUCAACAACUCACUGUGUAAACUCAUGAAAGGCAUCUACGCGGUCAACUUUAACUGCGGGAUGCUGCUCCUGGCCUGUAUCAGCAUGGACCGGUACAUUGCCAUCGUUCAGGCAACCAAAUCUUUCCGGGUACGAUCCAGAACAUUGGCACACAGUAAGAUCAUCUGUUUGGUGGUGUGGGUCAUAUCGGUCUUCAUCUCAAGUCCCACAUUUAUCUUCCAUGAGAAAUACGAGUUGCUGGGCAGACAGGUCUGCGAGCCCCAGUACAAGCUUGUCUUGGAGCCCAUCACCUGGAAACUGCUGGGGCUGGGGCUGGAGCUGCUUUUUGGCUUCUUCAUCCCUUUGCUGUUCAUGGUGUUCUGCUACCUGUUCAUUAUCAAGACCUUGGUGCAGGCCCAAAAUUCUAAAAGGCACAGGGCCAUUCGUGUCGUGAUCGCUGUGGUUCUCGUGUUCCUGGCUUGCCAGAUCCCUCACAAUGUCGUCCUCCUCGUGACUUCAGUAAACAUGGGCAAAAUGACCCGGACCUGCAGUGGUGAGAUACGCCUCGCCUACACCAGGAACGUGGCCGAGAUCCUGGCUUUCCUUCACUGCUGCCUCAACCCUGUGUUGUACGCAUUUGUUGGACAGAAGUUCAGAAACUACUUCAUGAAGAUCAUGAAGGAUGUGUGGUGUGCUAAACGAAAGAACAAGGUGCCAGGUUUCCUCUGUGCCCGGGUGUACUCAGAAAGCUACGUUUCCCGGCAGACCAGUGAGAUUAUGGACAAUGACAAUGCAUCAUCCUUUACCAUGUAA